UAUAUGAAUCAAUUUGAAUCUACAGAGGGAAGAAUUUUAUAUCUAAUUUAUACUCUAUACAUGAACAAUAGCAUUUCAAUAGAUUAGAAGGGGAUAUUAAAAGGUACUUAUGGUGUAAUAUUAGAAGAUUAUUUAAUCACAAAAGAAAAUGGGAGAUUUAUGAAUGCUAUAAAAUCAUUUGAGUUAUCUAAAGAUAUUGAAUAAUUAUCAGAUUUUCUAGUUUAAUUCGUUAACAGUAAAUUGGAUAAUAAAUCUUAGUGGAGAACUCAAUAUCAGACUAUGUUUCAGUUGAUUCUUUUAAAACAAUAAAGUCUUCGAAACCUUGUGAGUUAUUGAGGGAAACUACUUAGAGUUCGAAUCCAAAUUCUAAUCAAUACAUAUUAUUUUCGCCUGUUUUGAUAUAGAAAAAGAAUGGAGACGUAUAGUUUAUUUCUAGGAAAGAUAGAAAAUACUCAACUUAAAUAUAAUGA